AUGGUAGAAAAUAAUAUAUUCGAAUUUGAGGUCGCAACUCCAUCAGGUGAUCGUUUGCAGAAGCUUAUCACCGAAUAUGUGAACAAAAAAGAAUGUCGCACGCCACCAAAUAGUUUUUUUAUAUAUCGACAGCUAUUGGUGAAAGAGUUACACUCAUCCGGUCUUAAUUUGCAAGCUGUGGAGAUCUCUCGGCUAGCUUCGAAAAACUGGAAAACAAAGCCUGCAGAUGCCAAAGUCGUGUUUCGAGAUGCAGCUCAAGUUAUUGCAAAAUCUAUGACUAGAAAGGAAACAAGACCUGCGAAAAAGAGGCGAAUUCUUUGGCCAGCUGUAAUGACAAGCGAGACCAUGCGUAAUAAAGUCAUUCGUAAAAAGACCAAAGCUGCUAGGAAAUCAAAUUAUCUCAAUUCAAAAAACCAAGAAUUCAGCUCACAAGAAUUCUUGUUAGAACGAGAUGGAGCUGACGAAAUCAUAAAUAAGCAAACUUCGGUUAAAUCUGAAUCAUCUCCGGACCAAAUUGAAAACUACACGGAAAAUCUAUAUUUUGAUGAUGAGGGUUUGGACUACGGACCACCCUCUCCUAGUGAUCGUUUUCUAAUUAGGCCCAAGCAUUCUGAAUAG